CGCAAACUCCGACUCAGUAUGCCUGCAAGUACACUAGUACUUGAACUUGAAGCACUCGUGCAUGAACGGAACUCAAUACGCACGAAGACUCUUUCCACGUCGCUAGAUUUUGAGAAAUACGCUGUUGUCUCGCACUCAGACAACUUGGAUCCUCAGAGCCUCGCAGAGUCGCAGCUCAUCUCGCGUCCUAUGGGGCACCUUCGCGGUCGCUUGAUCUAGCCUCGUUACACACGAAAGCCCCUUUCUUACCGAUAAUGAUGAUCCACAGAGAGUCAUGCCAGAAGUCUCGUCUACUCGCUCCAGGGUGACUGUGGAACCUACCUCCGCAAAUUUCGCCGCCUUGGCCGAUGGACCACAGCGCAGGAUGCCGAAUGUCUUGUUGCCUCUUGGUGUGGUGCCAGCAUAUCCUUCCUCUUCUCCGGCAGCUUCCUCAGCAUGCGGACCGGCUCGCGCACUGAGCGCAAGGACUCGUUGAAUGGCGGGACUCCGACGAUAGCCUGUUCAAUCGUUGCACGUCCGACAACUGAUGGCGACCCGAGCGCAUAUGUGAAGACGUACGACUGUAAGCCGUCACAAGAGGUUGUUCUCGUUCACACGGACACCGCGUUCGCAAGAAUCCUACCCGUCAAGAUCACGCUGACUCUCAUAGACUGGGCGUCCGUGUUCGAACUGGAGAGCAUCAUCUUAGAUAGCGGGGGCAGUAUCCAGGCUCUCCCCGAUGAUCCUCGGCCAGUCAGGUGCAUAUCCGCACGUGCGAAAGAACAGAUCUACGCGAGCACGGGGAUUCAGAUCGACCUCGAACUUGUCGCCUUCCCCGGCGUGACGCUCGUUGCACCCACUCCAGAAGAAGCGGACGAGGGCGCCGGGCAGGGAAUGAUAGACCGGUUCUUCCAUGCAUUCCCAUGGUUGGACGAACCUGCAGCACUAGACGAACAGCCCUCAAUCAUACUGAUCGCACUCGGCACGAACGACGACGCGCAAGACGUGUCCCCCGACCGAUUCGCUUCACAUGCACAGCUUUGUCGACAGCCUGUUGCAAACAUACCGCACAUCGGUCCAGCACGUAUGCGUUCUUCAUCCUUUCCCGACUUCACUGAAGAUCUGAACCCGAAGCGACUGGAGCCUCCGAGCAGGUUCCUAUCACACGGGACUUAG